AUGAAUGUCAACAGACGUCCUGAUUUUUCAAUUCUGAAAAUUGCACGUACCUCCAUUUUCUGUCUUUCUCUUAUUUUGUGUCAUUUUCUUUUUUCCCUCCUAUUUUUUCUACUUUUAUUUUUUUUUUGUCUUUCAUUAUUUCAGCCCACGUUUCUUUUUCUUUUCAUUUUGCUCCUCUUUUUGAUUGUUUCUUUCUUUCUUUUUUGCGUCCUUUCCGUCUUUUUUCUUUCAGUUUAUUUCUUUUCCCUUUUUUUCGUUUUCCUUUUUACAGAUAGCUGCUUUAUCCCUAAACUGAAUCCUUUGUUUAUUUGUUUGUUUGUUUGUUUGUUUGUUUUCUUUCUUUCUUUCUUUCUUUCUUUCUUUCUUUUCACACUCUUCCUUCCAGAUACUCUUUCUUUCUUUCUUUCUUUCUCGCACAAUCUUCCUUUCAGGCACUCUUUCUUUCUUUCUUUCUUUCUUUCUUUCUUUCUUUCUUUCUUUCUUUCUUUCUUUCAGGCACAAUUUCCUUUUUCUUUUUCUUUCUUUUCUUUUCUUUCUUUCUUUCUUUCUUUCUUUCUUUCUUUCCUCUUUGUUCAAGGCUCUUCCUUUCAGUCAGUUUUCUUCCUUACUCCUUUCCGCCUUUCCUUCCUUGUUUGUCUGUUUGCUUCUUUCUCUCUUUCUUUCUUUCUUUCUUUCUUUCUUUCAGGCUCUUCCUUUACCACUUUUACUUUAUUUGUUUCUUACUUUAUUUCCUUCGGGAUCAAACCCCGAAUUCGUUACGCUUUCGUAAUUCACGGGAUCAAACACCGGAUUCGUAACGCUUUCGUAAUUCACGGGAUCAAACACCGGAUUCGUUACGCUUUCGUAAUUCACGGGAUCAAACCCCGGAUUCGUUACGCUUUCGUAAUUCACGGGAUCAAACACCGGAUUCGUUACGCUUUCGUAAUUCACGGGAUCAAACACCGGAUUCUUAUGUCUUUCGUAAUUCACAGGAUCAAACCCCGAAUUUUACGCUUUGUAAUUCACGGGAUUAAACACCGGAUUCGUUACGCUUUCGUAAGCCGCGGGAUCAAACACCGGAUUCAGGAUCAAACCCCGAAUUCGUUACGCUUUCGUAAUUCACGGGAUCAAACACCGGAUUCGUUACGCUUUCGUAAUUCACAGGAUCAAACCACGGAUUCGUUACGCUUUCGUAAUUCACGGGAUCAAACCCCGGAUUCGUUACGCUUACGUAAUUCACCUGAUCAAACCCCGGAUUCGUUACGCUUUCGUAAGGAGGAUCAAACCCCGGAUUCGUUACGCUUUCGUAAUUCACGUGAUCAAACUCCGGAUUCGUUACGCUUUCGUAAUUACGGAUCAAACUCCGGAUUGUUAACCUUUCGUAAUUCAAGGAUCGAACACUGGAAUCGUUACGCUUUUCGGAAUUCACAGGAUCAAACCACUCUCUUAUGUCUUGUGCAUUUAGUUUCUUCCCAUUUUCCUUGCACGGGCCUUAUAAUUCCGCUGCUUGUAACCCCUCAAGAGCCGCUGAAAAAGAAUGACCUCUCACUUUUUGUAUUUCAUUUUUGUUCUUUGUUUCAUUUUCUUUCUUUCUUUCUUUCUUUCUUUCUUUCUUUCACUUUGUCUCUUUUUCCAAUCUUCCGUAUUCCUUUUCGUAUACAAAUGACGUUAUAUCUCCUAUUCUUUCUUUCUUCCUUUCUUUCCUUCUUUCUUUCAUUCUUUCUUUCUUUCUGUCUCACUUUUGUUCAUUCUUUCUUUCUGUCUUUCUUUCUUAUACUGAUAAGGAGUAGCUGA